AUGUCUGAGCCUCCUGUCCGUACAGAGGACAUGUCUGAGGCUCCUGUCCGUACAGAGGACAUGUCUGAGGCUCCUGUCAGUACAGAGGACAUGUCUGAGGCUCCUGUCAGUACAGAGGACAUGUAUGAGGUUCCUGUCAGUACAGAGGACAUGUCUGAGGCUCCUGUCAGUACAGAGGACAUGUCUGAGGCUCCUGUCAGUACAGAGGACAUGUCUGAGGCUCCUGUCAGUACAGAGGACAUGUCUGAGGUUCCUGUCAGUACAGAGGACAUGUCUGAGGCUCCUGUCCGUACAGAGGACAUGUCUGAGGCUCCUGUCAGUACAGAGGACAUGUCUGAGGUUCCUGUCCGUACAGAGGACAUGUCUGAGGCUCCUGUCAGUACAGAGGACAUGUCUGAGGCUCCUGUCAGUACAGAGGACAUGUCUGAGGCUCCUGUCCGUACAGAGGACAUGUCUGAGGCUCCUGUCAGUACAGAGGACAUGUCUGAGGCUCCUGUCCGUACAGAGGACAUGUCUGAGGCUCCUGUCAGUACAGAGGACAUGUCUGAGGCCCCUGUCCGUACAGAGGACAUGUCUGAGGUUCCUGUCCGUACAGAGGACAUGUCUGAGGCUCCUGUCAGUACAGAGGACAUGUCUGAGGCUCCUGUCAUUACAGAGGACAUGUCUGAGGCUCCUGUCAGUACAGAGGACAUGUCUGAGGCUCCUGUCAGUACAGAGGACAUGUCUGAGGUUCCUGUCCGUACAGAGGACAUGUCUGAGGCUCCUGUCAGUACAGAGGACAUGUCUGAGGCUCCUGUCAGUACAGAGGACAUGUCUGAGGCUCCUGUCAGUACAGAGGACAUGUCUGAGGCUCCUGUCAGUACAGAGGACAUGUUUGAGGCUCCUGUCAUUACAGAGGACAUGUCUGAGGCUCCUGUCAGUACAGAGGACAUGUUUGAGGCUCCUGUCCGUACAGAGGACAUGUCUGAGGCUCCUGUCAGUACAGAGGACAUGUCUGAGGCUCCUGUCAGUACAGAGGACAUGUCUGAGGCUCCUGUCAGUACAGAGGACAUGUCUGAGGCUCCUGUCAGUACAGAGGAAUUGUCUGAGGCUCCUGUCAGUACAGAGGACAUGUCUGAGGCUCCUGUCAGUACAGAGGACAUGUUUGAGGCUCCUGUCAUUACAGAGGACAUGUCUGAGGCUCCUGUCCGUACAGAGGACAUGUCUGAGGCUCCUGUCAGUACAGAGGACAUGUCUGAGGCUCCUGUCAGUACAGAGGACAUGUCUGAGGCUCCUGUCAGUACAGAGGACAUGUCUGAGGCUCCUGUCAGUACAGAGGACAUGUCUGAGGCUCCUGUCAGUACAGAGGACAUGUCUGAGGCUCCUGUCAGUACAGAGGACAUGUCUGAGGCUCCUGUCAGUACAGAGGACAUGUUUGAGGCUCCUGUCAUUACAGAGGACAUGUCUGAGGCUCCUGUCCGUACAGAGGACAUGUCUGAGGCUCCUGUCAGUACAGAGGACAUGUCUGAGGCUCCUGUCAGUACAGAGGACAUGUCUGAGGCUCCUGUCAGUACAGAGGACAUGUCUGAGGCUCCUGUCAGUACAGAGGACAUGUUUGAGGCUCCUGUCAUUACAGAGGACAUGUCUGAGGCUCCUGUCCGUACAGAGGACAUGUCUGAGGCUCCUGUCAGUACAGAGGACAUGUCUGAGGCUCCUGUCAGUACAGAGGACAUGUCUGAGGCUCCUGUCAGUACAGAGGACAUGUCUGAGGCUCCUGUCCGUACAGAGGACAUGUCUGAGGCUCCUGUCAGUACAGAGGACAUGUCUGAGGCUCCUGUCAGUACAGAGGACAUGUCUGAGGCUCCUGUCAGUACAGAGGACAUGUCUGAGGCUCCUGUCCGUACAGAGGACAUGUCUGAGGCUCCUGUCAGUACAGAGGACAUGUCUGAGGCUCCUGUCAGUACAGAGGACAUGUCUGAGGCUCCUGUCAUUACAGAGGACAUGUCUGAGGCUCCUGUCCGUACAGAGGACAUGUCUGAGGCUCCUGUCAGUACAGAGGACAUGUCUGAGGUUCCUGUCAGUACAGAGGACAUGUCUGAGGCCCCUGUCAGUACAGAGGACAUGUCUGAGGCUCCUGUCAGUACAGAGGACAUGUCUGAGGCUCCUGUCAGUACAGAGGACAUGUUUGAGGCUCCUGUCAGUACAGAGGACAUGUCUGAGGCUCCUGUCAGUACAGAGGACAUGUCUGAGGCUCCUGUCAGUACAGAGGACAUGUCUGAGGCCCCUGUCAGUACAGAGGACAUGUCUGAGGCUCCUGUCAGUACAGAGGACAUGUCUGAGGCUCCUGUCAGUACAGAGGACAUGUCUGAGGCUCCUGUCCGUACAGAGGACAUGUCUGAGGUUCCUGUCAGUACAGAGGACAUGUCUGAGGCCCCUGUCAGUACAGAGGACAUGUCUGAGGCUCCUGUCCGUACAGAGGACAUGUCUGAGGCUCCUGUCAGUACAGAGGACAUGUCUGAGGCUCCUGUCCGUACAGAGGACAUGUCUGAGGCUCCUGUCAGUACAGAGGACAUGUCUGAGGUUCCUGUCCGUACAGAGGACAUGUCUGAGGCUCCUGUCAGUACAGAGGACAUGUCUGAGGCUCCUGUCAGUACAGAGGACAUGUCUGAGGCUCCUGUCAGUACAGAGGACAUGUCUGAGGCUCCUGUCAGUACAGAGGACAUGUCUGAGGCUCCUGUCAGUACAGAGGACAUGUCUGAGGCUCCUGUCCGUACAGAGGAGAUAAAUUAG